AUGCUGAAGCCCGGAGACCCCAACGGAUCUGCUUUUCUGAAAGUGGACCCGACCUACAUCCAACACUGGCAGCAGCUUUUCCCCCAGAGCCAGCUGAAGAAUGCAGCCCUUGCACAGCUUCAGCCGCCGGAGAGAGUGGCCAUACCGGUUGAAAGUCUCCGACAGCGACCGAACUUAAUCUCAUCCACCUCAUCAACGUCGUCGUCGGCUUUAACACCAUCUUCCACCUCCUCGUCCACUUCAUCGGUGUCCUCUUUGGCGGGUCUAACUCAACUCUCUGUGCCGCAAAUUGCACUCUUUGGACAGUCUCUGUGUUCCGACAUUAUACCACCAGAGACCAGCGCACCACAAACAAAAGAACUCUGCGCGUCAUCAAACUUUAAAAAUGACAAAGAGUCUACGUUCAAACUGACUUCUGAGGAGUUAGACUACUACUUGUACGGACAGCAGAGAAUGGAGAUUAUUCCGUUGAACAAUCAUACCGGCGACCACAAUAACCGCUGUGACAUGUGUGCAGAUAACCGGAAUGGGGAGUGUCCGAUGCACGGGCCCCUGCACUCACUGCGCCGGCUGGUGGGGACGAGCAGCGCCUCGGCCGCGGUGCCCCCACCGGAGGUCCCAGAGUGGUUGAGAGAUCUGCCUCGUGAGGUGUGCCUGUGCACCAGCACUGUCCCAGGGCUGGGCUAUGGGAUCUGUGCAGCCCAGCGCAUCCCCCAGGGCACCUGGAUAGGUCCUUUCCAGGGUGUCCCUCUACUGCUGGAAAAAGUCCAGUCAGGAGCUGUACGCAACACAAGACACCUAUGGGAGAUCUACGACCAGGAGGGGACGUUACAGCACUUUAUUGAUGGCAAUGAGCCAAGCAAAUCGAGUUGGAUGAGGUACAUCCGCUGUGCCCGGCAUUGUGGGGAGCAGAACAUGAUGGUGGUCCAGUACAGGUCAUGUAUUUUCUACAGAGCUUGCAUGGACAUUCCUCGGGGAACAGAACUCCUGGUCUGGUACAAUGACAGCUACACUUCAUUCUUUGGAAUUCCGCUGCAGUGCAUUGCCCAAGAUGAAAACUUGAAUGUGCCAGCUACUGUAAUAGAAGCCAUGUCCAGGCAAGAGACCCUGCAGCCUUUCAGUAAGUCUGGCAAAGGUUCCUCCAUGGUUCUGCUGCGUUCCAUGGUCUUCCCUCAUUCCCCCUGCUCCAGAAGCUUCUCCCUGCUGGAUAAAUCCGGACAUACGGAGUCAGGCUUCAACCAGUUGAGCUCCAAAAACCAGCGCGUGCUGGCCAGCCCCACAUCUACCAGUCAACUGAGCACCGAGUUCAGCGACUGGCACCUGUGGAAGUGUGGGCAGUGCUUUAAAACCUUUACCCAACGGAUCCUGCUCCAAAUGCACGUGUGCCCGCAGAACCCUGACAGACCGUAUCAGUGUGGACACUGCUCCCAGUCCUUCUCUCAGCCCUCAGAGCUCCGUAACCACGUGGUCACUCACUCCAGUGACAGACCUUUCAAAUGCGGCUACUGCGGUCGUGCCUUUGCUGGGGCCACCACGCUCAACAACCACAUCCGGACACACACCGGGGAGAAGCCAUUCAAGUGUGAGAAGUGUGACAGGAGCUUCACACAGGCCACCCAGCUGAGCAGACACCAAAGGAUGCCCAACGAGUGUAAGCCCAUCAGCGAAAGCAGCGAAUCAAUCGAGGUGGAUUAG